UUUUAAAUAAUUAUCUGUACUUAUAGGUACCAAAUGAUAAAAAUUGUUAGUAAUUACCUAAACUUAACUUGAAUUUAUAUUAGAUAUCGUUCUAAUUAAAUAAAGGUUUGAAAUAAUGUUAGACGAAUUAUUUCUCAGCCAUUUAAUCGAGUUAACUGUACUGUGACUUAUGAAUAUCAAGAAUUAAGGUCUAUUUGACUUAUACGAAGAUUUUGUCAUUAGAAAAUAUGACACUAUCAACCAAAAAAAUAGAUGUUCCAGAGGAAUUUGAAGAAUCCCACGAAUCUACGUUGGAAAAGCCAAAUUUAGAUGGAGAUCGCUUAAAUUUAGUUUUAUUGACAACACUAUACAUUAUACAAGGUUUUCCUAUUGGUUUAACCGUUGCGUUCGCAUUGAUUUUACAAAGUAAUAAAACUGUAACUUAUGAAGAACAAGCUAUUUUAUCUAUGGCAUUUUGGCCAUAUUUCUUGAAAAUUGUAUGGGCUCCAAUAAUUGACGCGUUUUAUAUCCGAUGGAUUGGUAGACGAAAGUGUUGGUUGUUAUUCCUUCAAACAUUAAUGGGAUUAUUAUUCCUUUAUUUGGCUAUUAACAUAAGCGAUUGGUUACCCAACGAAGGAAAACCCGAUCUUACAAUUUUAAUAGUGGUGAUUUUUUUCGCUAAUUUUUUGUCGGCCACACUGGAGAUUGUAGUUGAUGGCUGGUCACUGACAAUUUUGAAAAAGAAUAACUUAAAUUAUACUGCAACUUGUUGUACUCUUGGAAUUCAGACAGGAAUGCUCAUUGGUUCCACUGGUUUUAUUUUGUUGGUUUCAGAACAGUUUAUCAUUAAGUAUUUAAAUAUGAAACCUGGUACAGGAGGGUUGGUAACUAUGAAAAGUUUUUUUUUUGUUUUCGGCAUCAUAGUUUUGUUCAAUAUAUUAUUAAUAGGAAUUUUGAAAAAGGAGAAAAAUAAUAGCUUAGACAAAGAUUAUAUUCAAAUCAACGUAUUUCAGAACUUCAAAGUUUUAUGGGACCUUUUUAAUCUACCUCGAGUAAAAAUAUUUAUAUUGGCAUUGCUGACAAUGAGGUUGGGAUUUAUUGUAACAGAUAAUGUUUCGGAAAUGAAGUUGAUUGAUGUCGGUGUAUCAAAAGAUGAUAUUAUGAUAAUUGGCUUGGCAGUUUAUGCUAUAAAGAUCGUUGCUCCAUUUUUUUUAUCAAAAUAUAUAAAUAGCACAAAACCGUUGAGUCAUCUUCUCAAUUUAAUAUUAAUCAAAUUAUUCUGGAAUGCAAUUUACGCUGUGCUGCUCUAUUAUACGCACAGUAUCAUUCAUAAAAAUGGAGUCGUCCAUGUGCCAACAUAUUAUUAUUUUAUGUUAGGAUUAGUAAUCAUUAUAAAUGAGAUGAUGAAUUUUUUCAUGAUACUGUUAUUAACGUCAUUUUUCUGUCGGAUAAGCGAUCCUCGAUUUGGUGGCACGUACAUGACAUUAUUCAACGCUGUAUAUUUUACGGGAUUCCUGAUGACGAAGACUUUAGGCAUUCAACUUGUGUCACUUUUAACUUUUAGCAAGUGUUCAAUUAAUUUUAAUAACAUAUGUUCUGCAUCAAAUAUGAAAAAUCCGUGUGUAACAAGUGAACGCAUCUGUGAAGUAUACAUUGACGGUUAUUAUACAGGAACAGUAAUCUGCAUAAUUGUUGGAUGCAUUUGGUAUGGUGUUUUUAAAAAUAUAUUAAAAGAAUAUCAGUUGUUGAAGCCAUCUUAUUGGUUGGUAAACGUUGAAGAGUACAACACCAAAGAAGUGGUAUAGGAAACGAGUGUUAUAAUAUCUUUGACAUGAAUGCAGUUAUCACUUCGAAAUUAAUUAAUACGAAACGAUUAUUACAUAUAUUGUUAAAAUAUUUUACAUUUUUUCUAAGAAAUUAAAUUCCAAUCAAUGAACUGUCAUCAGCGAACCUAUUUGACCAAUAAGUGAGGAAUUCUCAAAAAUUGUUUAACAAUUGUAAUUUUUACAUCCUCUAUGGAAUAAAAAAAUAAAACUUAACAAUAAACGUUAUACAAUACAUAAAUAAUUUGAUAUACGUAGACCAAAAUGUAUGUCUCGUCGAAAGUUCAUUAAUACCGCGGAAUACAAACGCAGUGGUGGGGUUCUGCAGUGUGAGAGUCCGUCCAUUGCCAGUGUUGGGGGUGAAAUACCCCCUUACCCCCUAAAAAUUAUUUAUUUAUAUAGUCAGCAAUCAUUAACAAAUUAAAUAAUAUUAGUAUUGUAGAAUAUUGUUUUAGAAAGUAGUUGGGAAAUUCCCUCAAUAUUUGCUAGCGCUGGUCCUGUGACAGGUCCCAUGUCCCAAGUACCCCUAGACCCUUCAUCCACAACGGCAAGGGCCUUAAGGCCUAAUUAUUAAUUAAUUUUUAAUUUUAAAUCUUGAAAAAUCCAAAUAUUAUAACUGUAAUUUUAUUUCUUCGAAAAUAUAAGAAGUCGUAUUGAACAGAA